AUGACUGGAUUCAGUGUAAGGAGAGGGAACGAAGAAAAAUUUGGGCGGACAAAAUUAUUGCGUAUGAAGACAUUUGUAUGUAGUUGUCGCGGUUCGACACCUAGUAGUCACAUUGAUGGUCGUUUACCUAUAUAUAAGAAGCAAACAACUCGGUCCAACUGUCAAGCCCUUUUGAGGGUUGCUCGUGUUGAGGGAGGGCCGUGGAAGGUAACGACAUUUAAUAAAGAACACAACCACGAGUUACUUGCCAAGGAUGAAGCCUAUUUUCUUCGUUCUAGUCGUCACCUUUCGGAUUCUAAGAAGUCUAUGUUGGAGGCUUUGACUUCAGCCGGCAUACCAAUAAAUCGGGCUUGUCGUUUCAUGGAAAAUGAAUCUGGUGGCCUUGAAAACGCCGUAUUUAUUCGUAAAGAUGCUUACCAUCAUAUGGACAAUGUUAGAAGAAAGUCUAAGAUGACGGAUGGAGAUUCAAUGGCUCUCAUGCAGUACUUUGUUGACAAGUCGAACAAAGAGCCUUUUUUCUACUGGAAUAUGCAAAAGGAUGAUGAUGGUCGACUUAUGAAUUUAUUCUACCGUGAUUCUCGUAGUGGCCUUGAUUACGAGUAUUUUGGUGAUGUGCUAUCCGUUGACACAACCUACAAGACGAACAAAUAUGAUCUUAUUUGUGCUCCCUUUGUAGGUAUUAAUCAUCACUUGAAGAAUUGUAUGUUUGGGUUGGCUUUCCUUUCUAAUGAGACAACGGAGACAUUUGAAUGGUUGUUUUCAACCUUUCUCGAGUCGAUGAAUGGAAAGCAACCGGCGUUAUAUUCUCCGAUCAAUGUCAAGCUUUGA